AUUCUACAGUAUGUGUAUAAUUAUACCGAAUGACCAAGAUGCUGCCUAUCGUGCUGGUAUUAUUCGUCGCUACGGGCGCUUUCGCCGCUCCAUCCGUCUCCGUGAGUCAAGUCCCCAUCAAUGAGAUUGCACCCGCCUACGACAGUGGAAGAGGAGUCACUCCCGGUUUGUUGUUGAACCUAUGGGACCUGUGCGAUGGCGGAGACACAAAUGUCCACAUCCUGACCCUGGAACAAGUGGUCAAUGACUACUCCAGACUACCAAACAGCUAUGCGCAGGCGCAAGCCGUCGCCACCAUCCUUGCCGUCCUAGGAGAGCUAGCCACUGGUGUUCCCGGAGACGCUUGCAAUGCUGCCAACGCUAUCAACGCUUACGCCAGCGGACGUGGCGGCAACAGCUACCUCGGCCAACUGGCUGCCAAUAUUGACCUCAUCGCUCAACUCGCCAACAACCCAGAGAAACUGCGUUACGCUGUUGGUCAACGCGGAAACUGCGCCGGAGGCGGCAGAUCAUACCAAUUCGAAGCCGCUUGGGACGCCAUCCUCAACAGAGCUAACCCAUACACCAUUGGCCUGGUGAACGAGGAGUACUGCACAGCUAAGCGCCUGUACCAAGCGCUGAACGUUCGUAGUAACAACGUUGGAGCCGCCGCCACCGCCGCCGCCCUGCCUCCAGUAGUGACUGCUGUCCAACGCGCCCUGGGACCAGUCCUCGCCUUCCUGAGAGCCGCUGCCAAUGGCAACGUUGGUGCCGCCGCCGUCGCCGCCGCCAAGCAAGCACUCCUCUCCUAAGCCUCCUCCAGCCCUCACAAUAUAUCGUAUUAAUUAUAUAUAUAGUCACGUGUCACUCUCACCAGCUAAAUACCCCAGAAAGCAAGACUAAAAAAGAAAAAGUUUACCAACUCUGGCAACAUUUCUUCCAACCAUUCUGAUUGGUCAGUGAAGGAAUAUUAACUCAACUUGAUUGGUCAAUGUAAGACAGUGUUGUCAAUUGAGGCGAAUUAUACUGUUUUUGGUCAAACUGUAAAAGGGUAUAUUAUAAUUUAUAUAUUCGUGUAUAUAAUUAUACAUCCACGAAGGCAAGUUACAAAAUAAGUUACGAAAGUAACGUAGUAAGUUGUGUUCUAAUGAACUGAAGAAAAAUAGACGAAGAAUAAGAUAUGUAAAUAUACGUUUUUUAUGUACAAAACAAAAUCGACCUGGCAUUUUUAUUUCGGACACACGAUGAUUUUUAUUAUUACAAUAAAGAUGUAUCCCAAUUUUAA